AUUAAUCUCCGCCAUCGUAAGAGAGCUGUUAAUAGGUGUUUGGAGGGGGCUUUUUUUUCCCCCUGGUUAUUUGGCGGGUUUCAUUUUACUCAGUACCAGUGAUUUCCAUUUUGAUUACAUUUUAAAUUUGUAAUGGGACGGUUUCUUGGACUUCGGACUCUAUGGUUCCUGCUGAUGGGUCUUUGGAUACAAGCCGAAAAGCACUCCGUUCCUCAUGGACUCGAUGUGGAGUGCCUCGGUAACCUGGUGGGGCUUUCCUUGGAUGGAUCUCUGCUCUGGGAACAUCGGUUGGAGAUUGACGCUGCUGAUGGUUCUACCUUCGUUCCCAUAACCGAGAGAGUGGCUUCACAAUGUGGAUUCCGUAGGAGAUCUGACCCUUGGGGCAAUACCAUGCUCUUUGCUUCAAUCCAGAAUUGCUUCGUUGAGGGCGCUGAUGAUGAUCAGAUCUUUGAUCUGACCAUCCGAUUGAGACUAUCUGGAAGCCCUAAAUCUGACGCUGUCAUGCACACCGUUUCCAAAACCUGUCCGUACAGUGCAUGGGCCUCUCGUGAGAUCAUUUGCAACCACAAUUAUAUGGAGGUUUCUGUUAGGAGACGCAUCCCUAAUGUUGAAGAAUUUGAAAAAGAACUUCCUGAGUAUGAGGGGUUUGAUGAUGGAGAUGAGAACCGCUCUCCGCUUAAGCUGUGGAAAGUACAGUUUCACACAGGAGAGGCUAAGGCAAUGACCACAGAGGAGGCCCACGAUAAAGGUUAUGGCCUGUCUAUUUCCUCCACACGAGCACUUCUGCGGAGCCCUUUUAAUACACCUGAGAGCACUACAGUGGAUGUGUCUGGAGUUCCCAUGCAACUAAUUAAGGCCUCUACAUACUUGAAGCGCAAAUGGAUGAUGAAGCAGCUAUAUUCUGCUGCUGCUUGCCCUACUGGUGGUGUCACCUUCACAGAAGAAAUGAUUACCUGGCGUCUGCCCUUGCGAAUCUCUCCACUGCUUUCCAGUGAUUAUGUCCAUAUUAUUGAGUACCACAUGGGAAUCCAAGGCAAAAGGCUGGAUGCUUCUAUAAUGGCAGCUAGGAACUACAAACUGACUAUGACUGAUUCUUACUUCAUUGUUGAAAUUCCAGUGGGGUCAGUUGAUGGCUAUUACAAGAGUCGAGCAUUGGAUUACCAAUACUACAUCACUUAUAAUGUUGAGCCCAUGCUGGAAGUGCUAUGGAAGGAGGAUGCCAUGUAUGAUGACACAAGAUACAAAGUUCUAUAUCCCAUCAUCACCCCACCUAUGGCCAGACCACCUUUUAUCCAGGACAAUACUGUCCCUGAGAAAAGAGUGUUUGACUUCUUUGUGGGGAGCUUCCUAUCUGAUGUAGAGUUGGUCAAUAUCACCUUUACAACUGGUGUGAUGUCUAUUGCUGAGGCUAAUGUGCAAGGAUUCAACGUACAGGAGCACAUAUUGCCCACUGGCUUAAAGGGAUACUCUCUGCAAGUGCCUUUUUCCGAUCCUGUUGUCCACAAAGAGAACACCGCUGUGGAUGUCACGGACUACAUUUUGCCUGUGACUUUUGGUUUUGUCACCCUGCCGGAAAAUGGCCCCUUCUCUCACCCAGGAAUGCUCAAAGCCAGCCUACAGGAUGUCGUUUUGCCCACUGUGAUUGGCACCUGUGAUCUGGAGUACUUCUAUGUCACUGUGGAAUAUGGAAGCCAGGGCCACAAUUUUGUGACUGUGGUGGGCCAGAGGGAACUUUCACCUGACAUUGCAGAAGAGUACGGAUAUAUACACAAUGACACCCACUUCAGUAUCGCUGUCCAUUUUUUGGCUCAGGAUGCUGUGUUUGAGAUGGUUUGGGCAUCUUUACUCAGAAGUAGGUUGAAUGUGGUCCUGAAGAAUCCUGUUCAUGGCUGGAAUCUCAAUGAUUUCUCCCUGUCUUGCAGCUUCCCCAUGACAAUGAUUGAAUGCUUCUCAAAUGGAACAAUGACGGCCCUGGCUGUGAAAGUGGAAUCCGUACCAGACCUGAUCUUGUCUCAGCUGACUCUACGAGAUUCCCGGUGUAAACCUGCCUACAGUGACCACAUUUUUGCUUUCUUCUCAUUUAGUUUGAACUCUUGUGGAACUACCAGAAAGUUUAUCAACAACUACAUGAUUUAUGAAAAUGAAGUGUCCUUGGGAAGUCAGAAGGUCACCACUGCUGCUGACCAGUAUCUGAUCACGGUUUCCUGUUACUAUGGGAUCAAUGCCACCUACACACUGCCCUUUAGCACCGUGCCAAACCCUGAACCUGUUGUGCAUGCAGCGCUGGGCGUGUUUAUGGUCGGAAUGCAGCUUGCCCUGGAUUCAUCAUAUAGUGUCUUCUACUUGGAUGAACACUACCCAGUUGUGAAGUACUUGAGAGAGCCUCUGUAUUUUGAGGUGGAGCUGAUGCGAACCACAGACCCACAGGUGGAACUGUUCUUGGAGAACUGUUGGGCCACUACUGAAGAGGAAAGGACCUCUGUUCCUAAGUGGGACAUUAUAGUGGAUGGCUGUGAGAAUCUUGCUGACCCUUACCAUACCAUUUUCCAUGGGGUCUCGGCCGAUGCCAGAGUACAUUUCCGUAGCCACUUCAAACGCUUUGAGGUCAAGAUGUUUUCAUUUACAUUGGAUGGUGUAGCUCUAAAAGGACAGAUCUUUGUCCACUGUGAUGUUGUGAUCUGUGAUGUCAACAGCCCCACAGACAGCCUCUGCAGCAGAGCGUGUAUGAACAAGCAAAACAUGAGUACAGCAUCAAAGCGAGUUCGCAGGAGCACAGAGAAUACCCAUAUGGAACAGGUGUCAUCUGGUCCAAUUGUCCUCAUCUAGAAACCCAUUGUUUUCUGAAAAGUACCAACUUAGGUUGAUGUGCCAGUUCUUGCAGACUUGUGUAUGCAAUCCAAAUAAAAUCUUAAACUAU